GGGCAGCCCCUCCUCCUCGGCCUCGGCCAAGGGGCUGGCGCCUCCCCGCCUCGCCGGGACCGUCUCGUGCGGGCGGCUGCGGACGCUCGUGGCCGCGGGUGCUCCGGGCUCUGCGCGCGGCGCGCCUGGACCCGAGUCUGCGCCUCCCGAGCGAGGCGGCCGGGCUGCGCUCCGGGGCUCCCGCCGGAGCCGCUCGGGGCCGGCGGCGCCCUGCGCCCUGCCGGGGCGGCUGCGCAUCGGCUGGGACGAACCCGGCGGGGAAGGCAAAGUGAUUUCCCCUUGCCAAACAGAGAGGUUCCGAUUGGCAAGAUGGUGCCCCGCUGUCCCAGCGCGCUUUUCCUCCUGCUGCUGCUCCUCGCCUGCCCCGAGUCGCGGGCUUCCCAGAACUGUCUCAACAAACAGCAGCUCCUCACGGCCAUCCGGCAGCUGCAGCAGCUGCUGAAGGGCCAGGAGACGCGCUUCGCCGAGGGCAUCCGCCACAUGAAGAGCCGGCUGGCCGCGCUGCAGAACUCUGUGAACAGAGUGGGCCCCGACGCCCCCCCCGUUUCCUGCCCUGCUCUGAACGCCCCUCCAGAUGGCAAAAAGUUUGGAAGCAAGUAUUUAGUGGAUCAUGAAGUCCAUUUUACCUGCAACCCUGGGUUCCGGCUGGUUGGGCCCAGCAGCGUGGUGUGUCUUCCCAAUGGCACCUGGACGGAGGAGCAGCCCCACUGUAAAGAUAUCAGUGAAUGCUCCAGCCAGCCUUGUCAAAAUGGUGGGACAUGUGUAGAAGGAAUCAACCAGUACAAAUGCAUUUGUCCUCCAGGAAGGACUGGGAGCCGCUGUCAGCAUCAGGCCCAGACUGCCGCCCCCGAGGGCAGCGUGGCCGGCGACCCCGCCUUCAGCCGCGCGCCGCGCUGCGCGCAGGUGGAGCGGACGCAGCACUGCAGCUGCGAGGCCGGAUUCCACCUGAGCGGCGCCGCGGCCGGCGACAGCGUGUGCCAGGAUGUGAAUGAAUGCGAGCUCUACGGGCAGGAGGGGCGCCCCCGGCUCUGCAUGCAUGCCUGUGUGAACACCCCGGGCUCCUACCGCUGUGCCUGCCCCAGUGGAUACCGGACCCUGGCCGACGGGAAGAGCUGUGAGGAUGUCGAUGAGUGUGUGAGCCCACAGCACGUGUGCCCCCGGGGGACCUUGUGCAUCAACACCGGUGGAGGCUUCCAGUGCGUCAGCCCGGAGUGCCCCGAGGGCAGCAGCAACGUGAGCUACGUGAAGACAUCUCCCUUCCAGUGUGAGCGAAACCCCUGCCCCAUGGACAGCAGACCCUGCCGCCAUUUGCCCAAGACCAUCUCCUUCCAUUACCUUUCUCUGCCCUCCAAUCUGAAGACACCCAUCACGCUCUUCCGCAUGGCCACGGCCUCAGCCCCUGGCCGACCUGGACCCAACAGCCUGCGGUUUGGGAUCGUGGGAGGGAACAGCCGCGGCCACUUUGUGAUGCAGCGCUCAGACCGGCAGACGGGGGAGCUGAUCCUGAUCCAGACCCUGGAGGGGCCUCAGACACUAGAGGUGGACGUUGACAUGUCGGAAUACCUGGACCGCUCCUUCCAGGCCAACCACGUGUCCAAGGUCACCAUCUUCGUGUCCCCUUAUGACUUCUAAGGGUGCCAUGAGGGCACAGGGGUACAGAGAUCUGGGCUCAUUUCUCUUCCCCAAAGACACAGCUGUGGGCACUGACUGCGACAGACAUCUCUCCCUAGCCCACCUGGCCCCUGCCCACCUGCUGUUCACCCAGGUUUCUAGGGCAGUGCUGCAUGCUGUCCCAUGGAGUGACACACAAGGGCAGCCACAAAACCCAAGCUGCUGCCAUCACAUGUUUUCCUCCUUUAAGGGCCUUCCCUUAGAUUAUGCACUAACUUUCUUGAAUCUUUUUUACAGGGGAAUGGGCAACUUUUCAAAAUGCUGUGUGGAUAGCAUUGUGAGUUUGAACUAGCUGGGAGGGAAAAGCUCAUGGUAUGUGUCUGAAAUGAUUGUCAGUCCUCCUGUAUUGUUAUAGUCAAGCCUUGUUAUGAAGUAGUUCUAGCCAUGCUGAGGGCUCAGUCAUGCCCUGUCCCUGUGGCACAGGGGGUGGGUCUCCUGCCACGACCCAGCAUGUUGUUCUUGUCUGCAUUCCCCUCUGUGACAUGCCUGCCAGCCUUCUCAUCAGAGAGCCACAGCAGGGCCUGGAACCCCCACGCAGAUUCUUCUAGACAAAGGAACCAACAUUAAAGCAUAGAUUCUGCCUGAAUUAAUUCCCUUUUGAGAAAUCAUAUCUCAAAACAUAGCCUGGUCUAUAACUGGAGAAAUAGUCUAUUGCUCCCCCCUGCCCACCUGGCCUGUCCCUGAACAUGAGCUAGCCUAGUUCCUUCUAGGAGAGGAUACCUGGCUCUCUUCCUGUCUAGGCUGGAUCCACUGGGGUAAAGGAAUAAGAAA